AUGACUGGAGGAAGCAGGGAAAUAGCAGAGACCAUGAAGCGGAGAAAAGUGAAAAUACUUUGUGUGCAAGAAGUAACGUGGAGGGCCGGCGGAGUAAGGGAGAUCGGAGAUUUAAUUAUAAUUUAUAAGCUAUGCUACUCCGGAAGCAGAACGGGAAGAAACGGCGUGGGUAUCAUCCUUAAUGAAGAGCUCAAGCAAAGGGUGGUGGAAGUCCAAAGGCCCUCAGACAGGUUGAUAUCAAUAAAGGUGCUAGCAGGAAAGAGUCUGAUCAACAUCGUGAGUGGUUAUGUUCCACAGAUUGACUGCGAAGAUCAAGAGAAGGAAGAGAAAGAAGAAACAACAGGAAAGAAGCUACAGAAGAUCAAGGUGUGGAAACUACGGGAAUGUGAAGGAGAAUACAGAAGGCAAGUGGGAGAGAGACUAAAGAGAAUGAAGAGAGAGACAGCAGCCGAAAUGUGGAAGGCCUCGAAGGAAGCAAUGGUGGAAGUGGCAGGAAAGCUGUGUGGAAGAACAAGUGGGAGAAGAGCAGGAGAACAAGAAACAUGGUGGUUGACAGAAGAGGUGCAGGAGAAGAUCAAGGAAAAGAAGAAAGCUUUCAAGGAGUGGCAGGAUGACAAGUAG